UAUGCUGGAGAAGAAAAUCUCCGUGCGCUCCAAUGACCCCUCCCUGAGGCGGGUGUUGGAUUCCGCCACCCGCCAGCGCCGCCUGAACCGCCAGCUGGAAGCUUUGGAAAAGGACAAUUUCCAGGAUGACCCCCACGCCAACCUGCCGCAGCUCAAGCGCCUGCCGCAGUUCGAUGACGACGCCGAGACCGGCAAGAAAAAGAAGAAAACCCGAGGAGACCAUUUCAAACUGAGAUUCCGGAAGAACUUCCAGGCACUUCUAGAAGAACAGAAUUUGAGUACCAGUGAGGGACCCAAUUACCUGACGGCCUGCGCACUUCCGUCAAACUUCCCCCAGCGUCAUUUCUGUUCCGUGUGCGGGUUUCCCUCGAAUUAUUGCUGUGUGUCAUGCGGAGCGCGGUAUUGCUGCGUGAAGUGUCUGGGGACGCACCAGGAGACCAGGUGUCUGAAGUGGACGGUAUGAGACCUCCCAUCGCUGUACAGUGUAAAUA